AUGCCCGCGGCGACUAGGGCCGGCGAGCGAGACGUCUGUCUCUCUCCCGUAUGGCACGGAUACCUCGGCAUCGCGUGCUGCGACGCGGACUACCCCCGCACACGCGUGCGCGCGACCGCCAGAGCUACCAUCGACAUACAUUCGCCAUCCGCGCGUCUCGUGCGCGACUCGGACGCGCUACCCCAUACAUACAAGGCUCGGGAGGCUGCGCGUCGCGCAGAUGAGAAGGCGGGAGGGCCGCGCGCGCGGCUCCCCGCACCUAUUCUUGACGCGCCCGAGCCCCGGGCGCAAAUCUGCCCGUCAGAGCGCGAAGCCUGCUGGGGCCCCGCUCUGGCGAAUGCGAAUGCGCGCGCACGGGCUCGCGCCGGGAAGUGCAUUCUGCUUCCGGGUGCUUCCCGGCGUGUAGCGUACCCACACCCUCUUCGCGCGCACGCGAGCCUCACCUACCCUUCCUGUAGCACGAUCGCCGGGCCUGGCCCCUCGCGCGCGGAUGCUCCCAGCCCCUGGGUAGCGUGGGCAUCUGACCGCCGUGCUGCUGUGGAAUGCACCCAUGACCUGCGCCGGAGGGCCUCAAUCAAGCGUGGUGUAUGA